ACCAGCGAAGGAAAAACAAGUUCCAGCGGUUUUUUCCAAUAUUCAUUUUUCUCUUUGAUCUUCAAUUCUUCUCCACCUGAAAAUCUGUUGAGAGAGAGAGAGAGAGGGAGAAGGAGGAGGCAGUGAUCUCCGGGGGAAUGCUGGAGAGGAUCUUUCGGUGUGCAUCGCGGAAAAUGUGGAAGGACGAAGGGACUCCAGCCGAUUCAUACUAUCAAGUGCGCCCUGACUGCGCUGAUGUGCCCCAAAGCAAGUUUAGAAUCAAGGCUGGUAGAACUUUAAGUGCACGGAAAUGGCAUGCUGCUUUCUCUCCUGAAGGCUAUCUUGAUAUUGGAAAAAUUCUCAGUCGAGUCCAGAGUGGGGGUGUUCAUCCGUCAAUUAGAGGUGAAGUUUGGGAAUUUUUAUUGGGUUGUUAUGAUCCUAACAGCACUUUUGACGAAAGAGAGCAAAUACGACAGCGUCGAAGAGUAAAAUAUGCAUUGCUGAAAGAAGAGUGCCGUGAAAUGUUUCCCUUGGUUGGGAUGGGGAAAUUUGUAACUGCGCCAAUUAUCACAGAAGACGGUGAACCUAUACGGGAACCCAUUGUACUCCAACAAAUUAAUCUUGAAGAUGAACCUGCACCUCUUACUAAUUUGGAUGUUGAUGCUUCUAGUUCUGAAGUGCUGAAACUCUCAAAUGGACGUGGUCCCAUGGACAAGAAAGAGAUCCAGUGGAAACUUACAUUACAUCAAAUAGGUCUUGAUGUACUACGCACCGACCGAACGCUGGUAUUUUAUGAGAAGCAAGAAAAUUUGUCAAAACUUUGGGAUAUCCUGGCUGUCUAUUCCUGGUUUGACCCAGAUAUUGGGUACUGCCAAGGUAUGAGUGAUCUUUGCUCGCCGAUGAUUAUUCUUCUUGAGGAUGAGGCAGAUGCAUUUUGGUGCUUUGAACGCUUAAUGCGCAGACUGCGAGGAAAUUUCAGAUGCAUUGGGAACUCUAUAGGAGUGGAGGCACAGCUUGGUAACCUAGCUUCCAUAACACAAGUUAUUGAUCCUAAGCUUCAUCAACACCUAGAAACUCUGGGUGGUGCGGAUUAUUUGUUUGCCUUCCGAAUGCUCAUGGUUUUGUUUCGCCGAGAAUUUUCUUUUGGUGAUUCAUUAUAUCUUUGGGAGAUGAUGUGGGCCCUAGAAUAUGACCCUGAUUUAGUGUCCACGUAUGAGGAUGAUGAACUAACCAAGGAAAAUACAGAGAGAUCUAAAGGGAAGUCCAAGUCAAGACGGCAAUGUGGAAAAUUUGAAAGAGAAAACCUGAGGCGUGGAGGCAAAAAUGCUGCUGCACCUCUCCCUAUUUCUGUUUUUCUAGUGGCCGGUGUCCUUAAGCACAAGAGUUCGAAGUUAACCGAAGCUCGAGGCUUAGAUGAUGUUAUUAAGAUUCUCAACGACGUUACUGGUAGCUUGGAUGCCAAAAAAGCUUGCGCGAGUGCAAUGAAGCUUCACAAGAAAUAUCUGAAAAAGGCAAAACAGACAUAAUGCUGGCUAAACAUCAGCCAUUGAAGUCGAAUCCUGGCUUCAUCAACGAGCAACGACACGUGGGUUUUUCUGAAAUGAGAGAGGAACUUGGAUUGGGCAUACUCAUGCCUAAAGACACUACAUAUUGCUUCAUCUCAAAGAGCAGAGAUGGCUUUACUACUGCUGUUGUGUGUGACAUUAUUAAUUCUUUUGCUGCUGGUAAGGCGAUAUUCUUACACAUAGGUAUCGGUUUGCUGGUGUGUAACUUAAUAUACAAUGAUAGUUAAGAUAUAGAAAGUGCUAAUUGUGUGUAAAACAAUAUAUUUCACAUCAAUGAAAGAGGAUCAAACUUUGAUCA